GCGGGGGCGGGCAGUCGGAGCGGAGCAUGCGCAGAGGCGCGGCGUGAGGCGGCAGUGUCUGAGGGGGCCGCGACCGGGGCGGAUGGCGGCGGGCGGGAGCGGGCCGAGGAAGCCGGGCUCCCCGCGGGACGCGGAGUCGGAGGUGUGGUCCCGCCGGGUGCGGGAGCUGGUCAGCUCGGCCCCGGCCAGCCGCCUCUGCUUCGAGUGCGGGCAGCGCGGCGUCACCUACGUCGACAUCACCAUCGGCAGCUUCGUCUGCACCACCUGCUCGGGGGCGCUCCGAGGCCUGAACCCUCCUCACCGGGUCAAGUCCAUCUCCAUGACGACCUUCACGGAGAGCGAGAUCCAUUUCCUCCAGACCCGUGGGAACGAGGCCUGUCGCAAGAUCUGGUUGGGCACCUUUGACCCUCGGACGUCUCUGCUGCCGGACUCCCAGGACCCCCAGAAGGUGAAGGAGUUCCUCCAGGAGAAAUACGAGAAGAAGAGAUGGUACGUCUCCCCAGAGCAAGCCAAAGGCCUGGCCUCCCUGUCUUCCCAGAGCUCCACCGCAGAGGCAAAGACGCUGAUGGGUGAUUCGGGGCCUUCCUCCUCUGCAACAGCCGCAGCCAAGCUUUCCCAGGCCCCAGAGAAGGCCCAUCCGCCGGCCCCUCCACCGGCCAAGAAAGCCAGCGUGGACCUCCUGGCCGACAUCGGAGGAGACCCCUUUGCGGCCCCCCAGCCCGGACCUGCCUUCACAGCCUUCCCUGCCUUCGGGAGCCCGGUGCCAGGCCACCCCACCUUCACCAGUUUCGAUGCCUUUGGUGGGAGCCACAUGGCCUCGGCCUUUGGGGACGCAAUGGCCUCCGGCCACAGCCCUUUCCAGAGUCCUCCGCUGCAUGCAGGGGGCACCCACCUGGGCGGAUUCCCGGCCUCCCCAGCCAGCCAACCAGGGGUCAGCAUUCCGGACAUGGGCGGGGCCUUCAGAAUGGGCGGAGUUCCAAGCAGUGUCUUUGGGGCCCUGAGCCAGUCUCCUGUCCUGCCUCCACAAAGCCCGGCCCCGGCCUACGCAGCUUGCACCAACCCCUUUGCCACGUCUGCCGCAGCGCAGCCCACCCUGCCUUCCACGAACCCUUUCCAGACUAACGGCUUGGGCCCAGGGGCCUUUGUGGUGGGCUCUCCCAGCAGCUUCUCCUCCUCCUCCUCCUCCCCGCUUUCGGGGGUCUUUGGGUCUCCGUUGCAGCAGCAGCCACAGCCCCAGGCCCCCCUCUUCCCUCCGCAAGCGGUCCUGGCCCAGCAGAACGGCGGUGGGUCACCUUUCAGCGGAUUCGCCGUGCCCAAAGCCGGACAGAGGCCGCUCGGACAGCCGGUUGGCAUCUCCACCAAUCCUUUUGUGACCCCGAUGUCGCCCUCGCCCUUCUCCCUGGCGAAGCACCCCCACACCAACCCCUUCUUAUAGCGCCGGCGGGGGUCCGCAGCCCUCGGAGGAAGCACUUUGAACGCAUUUUGGAGAGGACGCCUUGCCCUUGCGUUGGUCCACGUGGCCUGGUCAAGACAGGGGAGGCUCCCCACAGUGCUUUAAAACCGAUGAAGGCG